AUGCUCACCGUAGCAAUUAUCAUUCUCAUAUCUGUGAUCAAUGGCAAUCCUGGCAGUCCUGUUGAUAGUGCUGUGCAGGCCAAGGCAGUCAACAAAACUCACAUUAUUUUAUUGUGGAACUGGCCGUUUGGAAUUCCAUUUAGUCUGGAAGGCGUCUGCUCCAAAGAGCAUUCCAAUUGUAUCAUGGUGGCUAAUCGGUCUCGAUUUCCCGAGGCAGACUUUGUGGUCUUUCACAACUGGGAGCUGGCCCUUUCUCAUACUGAACAGUUGCCUUUGAAUCUCAUACGUCCAGAGAAGCAGAGGUGGGUCUGGUUGACCAUGGAGAGCCCACUGUUCAAUGGGAAUGUGAAGCCCUUGAAUGGAUACUUUAACUUGACUAUGACCUACCGCCGUGAUUCAGACAUUUACGUGCCUUAUGGAAUGAUGGUGCCAAAAAACAAUGUGUCUGAAGAGCCUCUUGAGAAUUUCAUUCCAAAGAACAAGGAUAAGUUGGUUUGUUGGAUAGUCACCUUGCUUGAUCCAAAGUAUUUGCGAACGGCUGUAUACCAAAAGCUGAAAACGGUGAUACCAGUGGAAGUGUACGGGAAAGGGGGUAAAGGGCGUAUAGCUAAGGAGGAUUUGUUACCCACAAUCUCUCGCUGUUACUUCUACCUAUCCUUUGAAAAUUCUGUCUAUAAAGAUUACAUAACAGAGAAGUUAUGGUUAAAUGCCUACAUCGGUGGAGCUGUGCCUGUAGUUCUUGGUCCUAGUUGGGAGAAUUAUGAAGCAGUGACAGACAAAGAUUCUUUCAUCCAUGUAAAUGACUUCAAUACUGUAGAGGAGCUUGGAGUUUUCCUUAAGAAACUAGCUGCGGAUAAGGAGCGCUAUGCCUCAUACUUCAGCUAUAGACGUAAAUACGAAGUUGUGAGGGAGUCUUGGUAUAGGAAUAUGUGUAAAUUCUGCCCCACAUUUAGCAGCUUCCCACCAUAUAAGGUAUAUGAGCACUUGGAUGAGCACUUGGUUACUCCUUGAUAAAAUCAGACACAAAUUGCCACACAAUUUCUGGCCAAACUGGACUAUUGUAAUUCGUUGUUUGAUGGUCGGCCUUCUUGUGUAGUAGGUUACAAAUUAUUCAGAAUGCUGCAGCACGCCAGGGCCCAUAUUCACAAACAAUUAUAAGACUGAAUUGAAUUGUAAUUUAUACACAUAUGUUUGUUACAGUGUACAUGUAAAUUAAUAAAAUAGCUAAGGUUAUUUUUAUGGGUAGUAUUUCUAGGGUGUGGUAUGGUCAUUAUGUAUGGGUAGUAUUACUAAGUGUAACUUGAUGUUCCACAUUUGCUUUGGCUAAA